AACCUACAGGAUGCUUUUGUCUUUCAUGCCGUGCCACGUGAUGAAAACAACACCGCUUGCUAUCUCGUGAAUACUCCACUUGCAUUAUCUAAAAAUGUUUAAAAUACAGUUGUUGAGGGUUUUUCUCAACGAGAGAUUAACAGCUGCUGCUGAAGAGAUAUUCGGGGUCGUUGAAAAAACGAUAGCAGAGUAUCAGGAGGAAGUUGUCCGUCUACAGAGGCUGCUCGACAUUGUUCUUCAACCUGAGCCUGAUAUAACGUUAAAGCUACACAGAGCAGACCUCCAACAGCGUACUCUCUCUGUAUCUGAAGAGGAGGUUCCCUCUGAGCAGCAGCAGUGUGAGCAGGAGUGGAGCCCCAGUCUGGGACAGGAGGACACAGAGCCCAUACAGAUUAAAGAGGAAGAGGAGGAACUCAGGACCACUCAGGAGGAAGAGCAGAUUCAUGGGUUUGAGACUGAUACUAAAGACUCCAUAUUCACUGCUGGCUGUGUGAAAAAUGACUGUGAUGAGGACCCAACUCAUCCCUCACGUCUCUAUCAAGCCCAAAAGGAAGGAAAUGGCAAGAGAGACCCUACAACUGAACAGAUCACAACACAACCUGAUGGAGAGGACUACAUAGAUUCAGAACCAAUCAGUGUCUCCCAGCCCCUCUCUGCAGUAAAUCCAGAUGCAGCUCAAAGUGAAAACAUUGAAAGUGUAGGUGGUAUGGAGACUGGAGGAACUCUGUCAGGUUUUAAGCCAGUCAUAUCAAAGAGAUCAGAGAUGGCAAAAGGACAAAGGUCCCGUAUCAAUACUAAGGGUAAGACAUCGACACAAUUCUCCCUCCUGAAAUCACCCAGUCAAAGUCAUGCUACUUCCUAUUGUUGUUCCUGCCCUGUUUGUGGUACAUGCUUCAACCAGAAUGAAGAUCUGAAAAGACACAUGAGGAGCCACACAGGAGAGAAUCCAUAUUAUUGUCAUGAUUGUGGCAAAACAUUCAUUCGGAGUGGACAUCUAAAAAUACAUAUGCGGAUUCACACAGGGGAGAAACCUUUUAAUUGUCGUCAUUGUGGCCAAGGAUUCAACCAGAAUGGAAAUCUAAAAAGACACAUGAGGAUUCACACAGGAGAGAAACCUUAUCACUGUCAUUUUUGUGGCAAAGGAUUCUGCAACAGCAGUAAUCUGAAAAAACACAUACGGAUUCACACAGGUGCAGGGUUUGGGUCAAUUCCAAUUUAGUUAGAAAUUCCAAUUCAAUUCUUGAAUUCACUCAAGAAGUGGAGAAUUUACAUUGAAUUCAAUUCAAAUUUCAACAAUCUAAGUUAUGGAAUGGGAAUUAGACUGAGUUGGAAUUGUAAAAACAUUUAAUCUUUGGAAUUGAAUGAAAAUGUAUGGAAUUUAUCCACUUAGAAUUAUUUUAUUGCAGGAUUUGUUAUAAAUCAUUUCAACUUGUAAUUAUAUAUUUACACUAUAGCUAAGCGGUCUGAACAGUGACAUGAUCAGCCAGAAAGAAGCCUGAAUUAAUUUAAUUUGAAUUGGAAUUUGUGGAAUUGGGGAUAAUAUUGAAUUGGGAAUUGAGUUCUUGGAAUUUACCUAACAUUGGAAUUGGGAGGAAUUUAAUUACUGAUCUGGAAUUUGAAUUUACAGGGAGAGGGAAUUUAAUUAGAACUGAAUUUGUGGAAUUAACCCCAACCCAGUACAGGGGGAGAUAAGCCAUUUCACUGCCCUGAUUGUGGCAAAACACUAAUGUUACAGCUCGAUCAACAAAUGAAUUCACACAGAGGAGAAAUAAGACUGUUACUGCCCCAACUGUGGCACAGGCUUCAGUCCGAUUGAUCAUCAAAAGAUACACAAGGACUCACACGGGAGAAAUGAUAUCAUUGCCGUGUUGAUGACUGAUGUUUCAGGAAUGACACAAAUCCAAAAAGUACUCACAUGGGAGAAACAAUUAAGAUGCAAUGAUUGAUAUGCUUAAGUGGGCCCAUUCAUAUAAAUGAACCUUGUGAAACCUUGUAUUUUUUCUUCAUCCAGGGAUGGUGUGUUUUAUUCACAACAUAAUAAAUGUUGAUAACCUUGUU